GUCAGCUGUUCAAAUCGCUCCAGUUUCACGAGAUAGACAGAAUUCACCCGUUGUUGCUUUUUCGGUAUUUUCCCCUUUUAUUUCAUCAACAGAUGAGAAUGCGAAAAGUGUAAGAACUCUUUCUCAACGCUUAAAACUGAUGGCGCCAAUUUUGUAUGAUUUUAAGUUACUGAGAGACAUUUUUCCUGCAAUUCAGAUUUCGGACAGUUGGAAAAUAACCACUUUGAAAAGUGAUGACAUUAUUUGGAAUAUUGUUUUGGCAUACCUGCACUCUUUUUCUCUUUCGAAUAAGAAUGAAUUGACGCAACGGAUGAAAUGUCUCACCGGAUAUCAAAAGGUAAAUGAAAACAUUCAGCAUUCUAUAGAAAUAUGUAAUCCUUUUCUUCACUGUAGUGCAUGUUUCUGUGAUGAAGUAAUGUUUGAAUUGAUGAAUACAUUCAAAGAGAGAGUUGAGAAUUAUAUAAAAAAUAAUGAAAUACUGUCUCAAAUGCCGGAACAUUUUUUUAGAUAUCUAGAUGCCGCAUCAAACUUGUUGUCUUGCAAUAUUGUGCUUAUUUCUAAACAGUUUCAGAAUAAAAUUGAUAUUGUUAUCUUUCCUGGGCAAAUUUUACCGAAUCCGCAAAUAAUUUUUUCAAAACAUAUUUCAAUUCUUUGUGAAUUUAGAUUAUCGAAUAAUGAUGGAAUUUCCAAAGAAAUGUUUUCUUUUUAUAUACCGAAAGAAAUUGGAAUACAAAAACAGAGACAGGCCUUAGUAGAAAUCUUAAGAAGGACGAGAUUGAUGGAUAGUAAAGAAAAGAUGAUUCAAAAAAUCAGUCGCUUGCCGGACAUUACUGAAAACUUCCUUAUAUCACUAAUUAAAAAUGGUUUCCAACAAGUUAUACCUGUUAUUUGCAAGUCACCUUACUUGCUUUCGAAACUGGUUGAUGCAGGAUUUGAAACAGAUCCCAGAGCAAAAGAUAACUCGGGUAAAUCAGCUCUCUUCCAUGCCUUGAAAACUGAAGACUCGCAUCUCGUGUCUCUUCUGUACGAUCACGCCGCCAAUGCAUGCCUACAGACGGAUGCUUCAGUGCGGUCUCCCGAUCCUGUGAUUGUCGAAAAUCUUCUCUGUCUGAAGGAUUAUUUAAAAUUGCUGGAGAAAGAUCUAGAGUCCGAUGAAAUAAGCGAAAAAUCUUGGUGUUUAUUGCGAGAUUUAUGCAAAUUUAAUGAAUUUCAACUAGAAAUGUGCAAAAAUAUUAACAAUAUUCGACUCACAAUAAAUUAUUAUGACCAAAUAAAAGAAUUUGAUGUUAUUCAAAGAAAAGAGGUAAUACUGGCAAUUCUAACAACUUAUCAAAGUUAUUUUGAUUAUACCAAUGGAAAUUCAUCAAUGUCUAUAAAUAUGGAUGAUAACAUUUCUCGUUUCAAAGAAUUCCUUAAGCACAAAGAUUAUUUUGAUAAGUUGGAUUUUAGCUCAUCUCUGAUGCUCUUUGAUAAUCUAUUCCUUUUGAAGGAGAGAUUGGAGCUCCCAAAUAAUGCGUAUUUAGAUGUAGAAUCAAAAUUUUUUCUAUUUCUUUUUCUUAGAAAGUAUUUAGAACAAUACGAAAAUGAGAAGCACUUUUAUUUCGUUUCUCGAUGGAUAACAUUCCAAGAAAGAUCGUCAUUACAAAGACAGAUGAGCAAUUUUAAAGAAAUUCUUGACAGAACAGAAUUAUCUGAAGAUAAUAUUGUAGCCACAAUACCAGAGGCAGCCGUUCGGACUUUAAUAAAUUUACCUGAAAUUUAUGGUCAAUUUCUUAUUUUUAGAUUGCAACACUAUUUGAAUGCAGCAACUGAAGUGAUUGUCAAAGACUUGAAGUCGAUUCUAGUCAUUGAAAGAUGUCUUCAAGUUCUGGGAGAAUGUUUCAAAGAAAGCGAUUUCAACUCUGUUAAAAAAAUUCUAAUUUUGAGUUUACCAAGUGAUUUCAUUAGAUAUUUAAAACAAAUUCGGAAUCUUUUAGCUCAUUUAAAACUUCAUGAACUGCCAUACAGAAAUGUUCUCCAACAGGAUACGGAAUUAUUUAUAGGAAUAAAAAAUGAUCUAACCGAGCUCAAAAAACUUCUGCAACCAAUAUAUUCAAUUCAUAAAUAUCAGCUGGACUCAUUUUUAUUAUUACAUUCAACAAAAUCUGUUUGCAAAGCUCGAAGGAGAAGUGUUUCAGAAGUAUCUGAAGAUCAAUUGAAAGCUAUUUUGCUCUCUCCUGAAGAAUUUGCAGAGAAUAAAUUAUCCCUGUCUUCAAACAGCCAUCAAAUCCUGUGGAAACGCAACUUCGACGAUAUGCAAGCUUCUCUCAAAGCUAAAAUUGAUGAUAUAAAUAACAAAGGAAACAUUCUUAACAAAAGUGUGGUCAGUCUUUAUAAAUACAUUAUUCAAAAUAUGAUCUCCGCGGUUAAAGAUGUUUUAGGAAAUUCUAAGGGUGAUGAUGUUGAGAAAGUUAUAGAAGAAACAGAGAGUCAUUUUUGGUGUCUUGAAAACAUUUUAAGAUAUGUAACUAAAGAUAGGAAAUUGGCUGAAUAUCGCAGAUCUUUGUUACUAUUGUUUAAAGAAAGAAAUUUUCUGUAUGUGAAUCUUAAAGAAAAAGUUCGCCAUUUUUCCAAUGCAGGCAACCUAACUAAUUCGAUCACUCUUUCUGAAGAAAAUGCAACAGCUGAAAAAUGCUCGUCGUUAGAGCCUAAAGAUAUGUGUGACAGUAGCCAACAGACAGUGAAUCCUAUUGAAACAUUUGUUAAAUUUGGCAUAUUUUUCAACGUAGAACCAGAUACCUCUACAGUUUUUAAUGAAAAUUUAAGUGGAUAUCUGCCUGAAGACUUUGAAUGUUCUGAAAACAGUCAAUUAAAACUUGAAAUCAACAAAAGAAAAGAUAAAAAUUCUGCUUCAGAAACUGUAUGCCAAGGCGGCAUCUUACAAGGAACUAUUAGAGCAAAACGAAUUGUGGAAGUUGAAAGUCCUCAAAAAGAAACAUUACCUGAAGAGAACGAUGUAAAUUUUCCCCAAGUGUUCAGUGUAGCAUCUGAUGACGAUUGGCUACUACCUAAGGUUUUGAAUAUUGACCUUUACUAUCCAGCUAACGGCGAGGCAGAAAGUCCUGCAGAAAUAAAGGAAUCUGAAAGAAACCGAAGUGAGAGCUCCAAAUUUAACAUUUUUAUAGAUAAUAUUUCAAAAAUUCUAGAGGAAUAUGAAAAACUGGCAGAUACCUGUUUUCAGAAGAUUCCAGGAAGGAAAAAUGUCGAUUUCCAUUUUAAAAAUAUUGAAAAGUAUUGUUUGACACUCAAAGGAUGGACAUUUUUAAAUAAAAAAGAAAAAGAAUCUAUUGUGCAGAGUGUUCCAAAACAAUUCCGAAAUAUAUCUGAACUCAAACGAAAGGUAAAAGCUUUAUUAAAACGAGAAACUAACUUUACGGAAGAAAUAGAAGUGGAACUCAACAAGCUAAAUUUGAAAAACAAAGAAAUUAAAGAAAUAGCUGAAAAUAUUAAACUUCGUCUAAUUGAUGAUGCUGAACAAAUUGUUGAUUCAGCUCAUGAUUAUUUCUUGGAUCUAAAAUCACAGAUGGAGGCAAAGCAAAUAGAUAAAAGAGAAUAUGUGUUGCUGUGUGAGAAGCUGGAAUUACCUGAUGAUGCCAAGAAUAUACUUUUAAAGUUAGUGCAGAAACAAAAUAAAAAAAUUCCAGGCAGCGAAUUUGAAUUCAUUCGGAAUCGCAUAAAAAUGCUUAAAAAUAUUCUAAUCGAUGAAGACAGUGCCAUACGGCAGUUGUGGGAAAGAGCUACUACUCCACGUAGACAAAUGCACGUGAAAGAAAAAAUCGUUCAGUUGUAUUUGAAAGAUGCUGAAAUUCAAGCAUCAGUUGAAACUUUGCUUUUUGAUUGUAUGACCAUUUUAAAUUCGAAAGAACUGAAGAAACUUUGGAAGAAAACUACAAAUUUGUUCAACGGCAUAAAUCUGAGAAACGUUUUAGCCCAUGGCCACCCACUCUUAGAAUCGUUAGGAAGGUUGCUUGAUCCAUAUGACUUGCCAUCUGAGUUAGUGGAGAAGAUGCUGAAACUGAUAUCAGACGAAUGCGUCAUAGAUUGUAUGCAACAGAUUUUAGAACAAUCAGGAAGUGACCUUUCCGGUUUUAUGCAAAUAAUGAAUGAUGAAGAUGAUGAACAGUUCAAGAAUUUAAGAGAGGAGAUAUCGGAAUGUGACCGCUGGAAAGAUUACGCUAUGCUGAUACCUAUUCGCAGAGGGAGACAUCUAUAGGCAUUUGGCAUCUCACAAUUCGUUGACCAUGGUGACCUGGUGUUAAGGCCUCGGCUUCGAAACUGGAGGGUUUCAGGUUCGAAAGCCGAUUCCAACGAAUAACCACCGUGUAAGCUUUACUGGUGAAUGUUAUAUUCGUCAGGACCGAACGUUCUUCAGCUGGUGUGAUGUGGAAGUUUGGAGAGGAGGUGCCAGCCCAAGUUUCAUCCUCGUCAUCUGAUUGUGGCUAAAAAUUACGAGGUCUGUCCGAAAAUAGACCUAACGUUGCUUUAAAAUGGGAUGUUAAUAUAACUAAACUGAAGUAAACUUUCAUCAUCAUAUCUCAAGUCUUAUGAGAUGAAAAGUAGAAAUGCCAGAGAAGGCUAAAAUUAUCUCUGUAUCUCCUUUGCUGCUGAAGACAGCAAUAUGACUACUAUCUGCUUCCAGGAUACUUCCAUGCUCGGCUGUAAAUAAAAUAAAAAGAACUUGCCUUUGCUUUCUGGCUUGGCGACAGGGUCAUUUUAAUGUUAUUAUUAGAAUGGAACAACUAAAAAUUAUUUGGAUGCAUUUAUACGAUACGAAUUCAUUUGUAAAAUACACAUUUUGUACAUUUCUGCAAAAACA